AUGGCAAACCAUGGAAAGAUCAUGGAGAUUGGUGGAGGCAACCCGAAAAGAAGGGUUAUCAGCCAGGGGGAGCUCGUCAAGAUCGUGAUGACAACAACGAUGAAGAUAAGAGCAACAAAAGGCGUAGCAAACGGUUCCAUCACGACCCCGAAUAAGAGCAAGCCAAGGGAGAACUCGAAGAAGCAACUAACAAUGCCAAUAAGCAGUCGUGAAAAGAAAUUGCAUGAGAUGCAAGAUAUGAUAAAGAAGCUGAAAGUUGAGAAGGCAAAGAUGGAGAAUAUGUUGAAGAAAAGGGAUGAGAUGAUAAGGCAGAAGGAUCGAGACCUCGAGGCAAAAGAAAGGGAGCUAGAGAAGUUCCGAUGUGAGUUCAAGAAGCCGCAAAAGCUUCAGGACCUCAAGCCCACUAUGAUGUUCCGAAUUAAUCAUAUCGGAAGAGACAAUGAGCAAAUGAAGGAGAAAAAGAAAGUUUUCUUUGAGAAAAGGAGGCCAUCUACACCCUACAUCCCGUGGUGUAAGGAUCGGUGGAAUAAGAUCAAGGGGAAGAAAUUUUAUGAGGAAAAGGAUCAAGAGGUCUACAUUGAAGUGCUUCGGAUGGGAUUGAAUCGGUUGAAGCACGAAAUGAAAGUCACAAAUGAGAGGCUUGAUCGAAUGAGUUCUAAUCUCAAAAUUCUUAGAGGAGAUAUGCUAAAUACGAAGACUGAAUUGAGUAAGAAGAAGGAAAAUGAGACUAAAGGGCAAAAUGAAUUGGCGUUGCAAAAAUUCAAGGAUCACAAAACUCAAUGGAAAGUCGCAGCAAGAGAAGCAAUUGGAGAUGAAGCCAUAGAGCCAUCCACAUCUGAGGAAGCUUUACAAUAUGCUGAAUGGAGGGAGACAGUUGAAGAGUCCAAAAGUAAUAUGGGCACGACUACUAUAUCUAAAUUAAGAGAGAGUAGUCGGUGA